GUGGUUUUUAUCCUUCACAUCGAAGGGGUUUUCCACGUAUAAAAAUCGUGUGUCGUUUGCAUCUUUAUUCUUCAUAUUUGAUUGUGGUUUAUUUGAUGUGUUGCUGAUUUUGUGUGCUUGGUUAAUCAAUUGUGGUAAAUUGGGUCAAGUGUUUGGUUGGUUGUCUUGAAGUUGAUCCUUAUAGGUGUUGUAUCUUACUUGUUGCUUCUCCCCCAACAUUUGGUAUCGAGCAUUGGUUAAACCGUAGAUAUGGAGUCAGGAAAUCAUUCUACGGUUAAAUUGACAUCAACCAAUUAUUCAAUUUGGCGUCCUAUGAUGGAGGAUUUGUUAUAUUGUAAAGAUUUGUUUGACCCAAUUGAUGUGGAUAAAACCAAGAAGGAUGACAUGCCCACUAAACCAGAGAAGAUGACGGAUAAAGAAUGGGAAAAACUUAAGAGAAAGACCUUGGGGACUAUUAGACAGUGGAUUGAUAUUAGCAUAUUCAAUCAUGUAUCCCAAGAGACUGAGCCACUCGAGCUGUGGAGAAAAUUGGAGGGUCUUUAUGAGAGAAAGACUGCUCAUAACAAGGCCUCGUUGAUUAAGAGGCUUGUUAGUCUCAAGUUGAAGCCGGGAAAAUCUGUUUCUGAGCAUCUUAGUGAUUUUCAAGAUAUCAUUAACAAGUUGACUGUGAUGAAAAUUGUUUUUGAUGAUGAGUUGCAGGCUUUAUUCCUAUUGAGUUCUUUGCCAAAUAGUUGGGAGACUUUGGUUGUGUCUAUCAGCAACUCAGCUCCAGAUGGUGUGCUUUCAUUGGAUGUCAUUAAAGAGAGCAUGUUCAAUGAAGAGCUUAGAAGAAAGGAGAUGGGUGUUGACACUUCACAAGCACUUGUGGUGGAGAAUAGAGGAAGAAGCAAAAGUAGAGGACCUAAGGGGCGUGGCAAGUCAAAGUACAGGUCCAAGUCUAAGGAUGGGAGAGAGCCCACUAUAUGUCACUAUUGUAGCAAACCUGGUCAUAUUCAAAAGUUUUGCUACAAGAUGAAAAGAGACCAGCAAAAGAAGAAAAAUGAUCAUCACAAAGAGGGUGAUGACAAGAAUACAACGGUGACAGCUUCUACUUCAUAUGAUGGUGUUUCAUUGGUUUGUACUGCCGGUGAUUGUUGUCAUGUUGAUAAUUCUGAUUCUGAAUGGCUUGUUGAUACAGGGGCUUCUUAUCAUUGUGUUCCUCAUAAGGAGUACUUUAUUGACUACCGAGUUGGAGAUUUUGGUAGUGUGAAGAUGGGAAACCAAAGUUCAGCCAGUAUUGUUGGAAUUGGAGAUAU